GUUUUCUCUUCAAGUUGGUGCAACUUACUCUUCUUUAUCUUCUUUGUACUGGAAAUAUUGGAUUGAUUCUACUAUUGUAGCUGCUUCAUGUAGCAAAUAGUGCUAUUAGGUUCAUUCUUGGCCUGAUGGAUUAGACAUUAGGAUGAAUACCAAUCGCCGUGGUACCGGUAGGAAGAGCCAAAAUGUUCCUCGAGAGAGCAAUACUCAGGAUAUAUCUCAGUUUGUCCACAGAAGAUCAAAAGAGGAGUUAGUCGAGAUAGAUGAUGAUGAUGAAGUGCAAGACCUCACUGAUCAGUUUGCAUUUGCUGAGGAAGAAUUGCAGCCAAUUCUAGUUAAAAGAAGGAAGAAGCACUUGAUUUUUGAAGAUAGUGAUGAUGAUCUCGAUGAAAUGAAAGGGAUGGAUGAAGAUGAAAAGAGACAGAUGAAGGAAGCAAUAAGGCAGAGUAAGCUGCAGAUGGAAGUUGAAGAUAAACGAAGAGCUACGUCUGCUACAAAAAGUGUGAAUUUAAUUUCAGAAUCAGAGCCAGAUAAAUCUGGCAGAGCUAAAGACAAUAAAGCAGAUUCAGAGGAUGAAACUCAAGAUUAUUUAACAGUCCAAAGCUCUCCUGCAAACUCUGGUGUGGAAAAGCAGCAAAUGGAUAGAGCGGAAUCUCCUGACUUGUUUGGUACACCAAGCAAUGACAAGGAAGAGCCAGAAAAUAUACCUGAUAAAGCUCGUAGCCCUUCCAAAAGUCCAUUCAAAAGUUUUUCAUCUGAUGACUUGAAGUCUAGAUUGGACAAAGACAUGGUCAUAAAUCUUACUCCAAUAAAGAGACAAUUUGACAGUAACACUAAGAGUAAACUCAAGUUAAAGAAAAAGGAACCUUCAAAAGAUCAAGAAAAGGAGGCCGAGAAUAAAAGUAAAUUCAAAUCAACUGACCAAAGUGAGAAUGAUUCAACAGUGGAAUCAAAGAAACGAAAAUACAUCUUAGAUGAUGAAGAUGAUGGGACAGAGGAUACUGGGAGAGAAUGUGUUAUAAAGGAUCCAAAAAAGAAACAGAAAACAAUUGAACAAGUAUUAAAUGUGAAGCAUGGGGGGAAAAAUGACAGGCAAAAGAGUAGAACCUUGGACCCUCUUCACGUUGUUGUCGGGGAUGAUGAUGAUAAUGAUAAUGAUGAUGAUGACGCAGAAGGCAGCAUGGAGGAUGAUGGAAAAGUAAAUAAAAGAAAUGACCCUUCUCCAAAAAUGAAAAAGUCUAGCACCACCAGACUUGAACGUGCCUACAGUACACCUAGACUGUCCAUCAAGACUAUCAAGGAGGCCAUGAAAGCAAGGCUCUACUUUGCGCCACCAGGCAUUGACCCCAAAACCUACACCUAUGCCAUCAUGAGAAUGAUGGACCACACGAGAAAACGUAUCUUAAGGGCGCAAAGAAAGAGCUUGACCUUUAUAAAGUGGGGAAAACCUAUCAUAGUAGGCCCAAGAGAGACUAACUCUUUGGAUGCCAGGAAGGAGAAGAAGAAAAGUGAUGUGAAUGUGGCAUCGACAUCUGCAAUUUCAUAUCUUGAAGYGCCAUCUAGUGAAAGAAGAAGAACCCUUCGUAGUGCCCAGACAUCUACUGUAGCCCCACCUAUCAAGAGUGAACCAGUUACGAUAUCAACUAGAGAAGACUCCAGUAAGGUAAGAAAAGAUUACCUUGAUAGUGAUGAGAGCGAUGAUGAUUUGACAAAACCUGUCUUUGGAGAACCAACUUCAAAACCCAAGCCAUGGAAGGAGUAUCUCUUCACCAAGGAAUCCGAAAUUUUUGGAGAAAAUGUUGUAACAUCUACAGAGUAUGAGGACAAAUCUGUCGAUGCAARUACUGUUAAGAGUGUUCCGUUAGCUACGAAUGCUGCUUCGAGUUCGUUUACUGGUUUUCAAGAUAUGUCAAAAAAUGUUGCAGCAACGAAGCAAAACGAGUUAGAUAAAAAUGAUGUUGAAUGCAUAGAUGGAAAGAAACUAAAAAUAAACGAAAGACUGGAAAAUUCACCAAAUACACAGAGAGGUGUUGAUUUAGAGUCUAAAACCAAAACUAACGACGAAUAUGCUGAAAUAUCUUGGAUUGGGCAAGAUGAUGUCACUAAGGUCAAACAAAUGGAGAAGCAGAAGACAAUGUUUUCGGAGUUAUUUGAUAAAGAAGAAGAAGAGAUAGACAGUAGUAUCGAAAUAGGAAUGAACAAAUCUAAGAAGCAUGCGAAGAAAGCUUUAUUUGACGAUGUAGAAGACGAAGAAAAGGAGGAAAGGCGUGGUCCAUUGUCUAUGUUUUGUACCGAAGUAGAAGAUGACGAUGUGGUUGAAAGGGAUCAUGACUUGCACAUUGCAACAGCUCGAGAUUCCAAACCUGGUGCAUCAUUGACGAAUGUCGCUACAUUGUCUGGAUAUUUGAAAGUGGAGAGAACUCCUACCGAAAUCCCUAGAGUACAAAGGUUGAUGUCUUCUGCUGCAAGGAGUGCUGCUGAGGCUGCUGAAAAAAGGCUGAAGGCAUCUUCUCUGCAAAGUUCACCAGACAUCUCCAGCAGUAUAGAACCAUCACAGGAAAUCAUCCCAAGUUCUUUAGACAGUCGAGUCGAAUGUCCUAUUUGUUUUUGUACGUUCUACAAGGAGGACAUCGAGGCCCAUGCAGCUACAUGUGAUGAAAUAACACCUAGAUCCAACCCAACCUCUUUCUCUCCCAGAAAACCAACUACGAGUAGCGAGUCUCAGAAAAGUUUUGGCUCACCAGCUGACAACGAAGAACCGAAAAAUAAAGACUUCGGGCUAAAGAAUCUACGAGUAAUGGUGACGAGAUCUCCAGAAGCUCACCGCAGACUACUUGAACAAAAAACCGAGCCAAGCCCUAAAGCAAGGCGAAACUUAAGCUUGAAUAAAACUACAAGAAGCGCUAGUAGUACAAGUAACCAGGGAAGUGAAAAUAAAAGUUCAAGAAAGUUCAUUGACAUUACAAUUGAUGAUGAAAAUAAUCCAGAGAUAAAAAAAGAAGACUUGAUGGAUGAGAAGGAAAUGUCGGAAGAAAACUCGCCAUCCGCCAACUGGUUCUCCACCACUGCAAGCCAAAUGGAACGAAGAAAGAAUAAGUUCAAGGUGACGUAUGGAGGGAAGAAGAAAAAGCAAGUAGAUCCACGUACCAAUCCAUUCGCGACUCUUGACCAUUUACACCUAGGAGAGUACCCUUCGUCAGGUGAUUAUGAUGUUGGUGAUAUAAAGGGUACUGACGAUGAAGUGGAAAAAUGUGAAAUGCUUGAAAGGCAAAAAAGGAAAGGUGUUACAAAUGAUGUAACAGUGAUGGGUGCGUCUACUGGUCCAGCAAUAAAAAAGGACAUGAUACCUUGUGAUAAGUAUGGUGAUAUAGAAUCUGACUCGGAUAAAUCCGAUAUUGAAAUGCUUGCCACUUAUGGAGUCAAAGUGGAAUCCAAGAAACGAAAAUUUGAAGAUAAAAAARGCAUCAAUGACAUUCUACGACCUCGGAGACAAGAAAACCCAAAGAAAAAGAUGAAAAAAACGGAAGGUGAUUUUGAUAAUGAUGAUUACGAAAAUGAGAUGGCGUUACUGGAACUCUCUGGCGUGACUAUAAAACAACGUAAAGUUGAAAACAAACCAAAUGAAAGAUCGACAAGGCGGCGACACAGAAGAAUUAGUAGCUCUGAGGAAAGCGAAGACAACAAUGAUGAUUUUGAAAGUUGCUUUAUUUGCUUUAAGAAAAUUCCUAAGGAAGACUACAAGAAUCACACAGACACGUGUUUGGAAAAGAAAGGAGAAUUUCUUGUUACUCCUGGAAAAGGUUCGUGCGAUACAGCCAAUUCCGACAUUAGAAGCAGGUCGAGGUCAUCAGUAAAGCAAGGUACAGCUGGUUCAUCAGAACAGACUAUAGAAAUGGAUUCAGACGAAAUUGGUGAUUCUCCCGUCAAGACAUUUAAGUUGAUUGGUGAAGACAGUGGUAGCUGUGUAGACUUUAGCAACCAGUUCGCAUUCUUCAAUAAGGGUAGCGAAUCAAGGCGGAAAUCCAGGGGUAAUGGUAGGAAUAAAGGUGGUAAAUAUAAAUGGAAAGGCAGGUAUAAGAGAGGAAGAGGUAAAAGAAAGCAUUAGCGUGGAUAACUUGGGAGCUAGUUGACAGGUUCAAGGAAUUUACUUUGUUAAAGAAGGGGAUUCAAUUAUGGAGAUAUGUCUAGAGGUAGAGGAACAGAGGCUGGUGUAAUAUAGCGGGAAAGAUAAAUACAUAAUAGAGGAGGACAUAAAAGACAGCAUUAUUUAUGUGUGAAUAACUAAUAAUAAAGUUUUCAGCAGUAAACUUUUAAAUCUUGUUGA